CACAAAACUCCUGUUCCCUUUCCUUUUGGAGACGCUCUUUGGCACUCUCUCGCAUCUCUUUCAUUCUCUUCUUCAAACCCUCCAGCUUUCAUUCCCAAAUCCUUCAAAAUGGCCGAAGAGCACGGAGACCACGCCUUCGAGGUUGAGGCUCAGGGUGAUGCCGGUGCCUCCGCCACCUACCCUAUGCAGUGCUCUGCCCUGCGCAAGAACGGCUUCGUCGUCAUCAAGGGCCGCCCUUGCAAGAUUGUCGACAUGUCCACCUCCAAGACCGGCAAGCACGGUCACGCCAAGGUUCAUCUGGUCGCCCUCGACAUCUUCACUGGCAAGAAGCUCGAGGAUCUCUGCCCCUCCACCCACAACAUGGACGUCCCCAACGUCUCCCGCCGCGAGUACCAGCUUCUCGACAUCUCUGACGAUGGCUUCCUUUCCCUCAUGACCGACGAUGGCGACACCAAGGACGAUGUCAAGGUUCCUGAUGGUGAGGUCGGUGACAAGAUCACCCGUCUUUUCAAGGAGGAGGAGAAGGACACCAACGUUGUCAUUCUGACUGCUAUGGGUGAGGAGGCCGCUGUUGAGGCCAAGGAGGCUGCCAAGCAGUCCUGAUUGCUUAAAAGAAUCAUGGGAGAAGAGGCGGCGAUGCUCUGGCCAAUGGUGUCUACCCGGUUUGACACUCGUCUAUGGCAUACAAUGUCAAAGGAAAUUUCAUUGGGAGUUUACUUGGACCUGCCGCACGCAAUUUAGUUUACGGUUGACGGACUUCAUGAUCUUAUCUGAACACAUGGUCUUCGCUGGAAUGGCUUGAGCGUGCCAUGCGACUCGUCGCGGCAAAUAAAAUUUCCAUCAGCUGUCGGCAGACACACAAAUUCCGUCUAGGUUUCUCCUGAUGAAGCUUUAUUCUCGUGUUAAUGAU